AAUUCUCUCCAAUCCUGUCCACCCACAGAGCAGAGCGCAAAAAGCUUUUCGCUUCCUGCCCUGCCCCUCCAUUUUCAAUGUGAAGCUCGCCAACUUCCAUUGAGGACGAGGCUGUCCACUCCCUUCCCACUCACACGACCAACACCGAACCACUGAGCUUAGUUGCUGCAGUGUUAUUCUUCCUCUGAGUCCGGGGCUGAGAAACCAGCCCGUACCUCCCAAAACGUCGUCCAUAUUCUCUCCCCAUCCUUUCACUUCUCUUUCCCGCCGCCUUAUACCCCUCGCAGCUAGCUCUGCGCUUCAUCCCACCUUCGUGCCUAGCUGCAUUGCCACCCACAUCUACAUCACCGUUCGCGGCUACGCAGCCAAAAGAGGCAGCAAGAAAAUGGCGCCCAAGAAGGGAGCAAAGGAAGAGGAGAAGAUCCUUUUGGGUCGCCCUGGAAAUUCCUUGAAGAGUGGCAUCGUUGGUCUUGCCAAUGUCGGCAAGUCGACAUUGUUCCAAGCCAUCACCAAGUGCCAUCUCGGAAACCCGGCUAACUUCCCUUAUGCUACCAUUGACCCUGAAGAGGCUCGCGUUAUUGUGCCCGACGAGCGGUACGAUUGGCUCUGCGAGAAGUACAACCCCAAGUCGCGCGUGCCUGCAAAUUUGACCGUCUAUGAUAUCGCCGGUCUAACUCGUGGUGCAUCGACUGGCGCUGGUCUUGGCAAUGCCUUCUUGUCGCACAUUCGCGCCGUCGAUGCCAUCUUCCAAGUCGUACGAUGCUUCGACGACGCCGAGAUCAUCCACGUCGAGGGUGACGUCAACCCAAUCCGAGAUCUCGACAUCAUCGCCGAGGAGCUGCGUCUAAAGGACAUCGAGUUUACUGAGAAGGCACUCGAGAACCAGAAGAAGAAGACCCGCGUGGGUGGUCAAAGUCUCGAGGUGAAGAAGGCGAAGGAAGAAGAAGCCACGAUCGAGAAGAUUCUUGCAUGGCUUAAGGAUGGCAAGGACGUCCGAAAGGGCAACUGGUCACCUAAGGAGGUUGAAGUCAUCAACCCCCUAUUCCUGCUCUCUGCGAAGCCGGUGGUCUACCUCGUGAAUCUUUCCGAGAAGGACUACACGCGCAAGAAGAACAAGCACCUUCCCAAGAUUGCUGAGUGGAUGAAGGAGCAUGCGGCUGGCGAUCCCAUCUUACCUAUCUCUAUCUGCUUUGAGGAACGUCUGACUCAAUUCGAGACAGAGGCUGAAGCCGCCGAAGAGUGCAAGAAGCUUGGCAUUGAGUCGGCUCUGCCUAAGAUCAUUCUCCAGAUGCGCAAGGUUUUGAACCUGGGCAGUUUCUUCACAACUGGCACGGACGAGGUUAGACAGUGGACGAUUCGCAACGGCACGAAAGCGCCACAAGCUGCUGGCGUUAUCCACACCGAUUUUGAGAAGACAUUCAUUCAGGCCAUAGUAUAUAACUUCAAGAUCUUGAAGGAGCUGGGCGAUGAGAGUGAGGUUAAGGCGAAGGGUAAGAUCAUGACAAAGGGCAAAGACUACGUGGUGGAAGAUGGUGACAUCUUACUCAUCAAGGCUGGCGCUGCCAAGGGUUAAUGUACCUAUAUAGACUUAUAAAUGCAACAUGACCUGAGCAUGAAAAUCAC